AUGGCCACUUCAACCAAUGUCUUGAGUUCCUUUAUCAACCCUACUACUAUUGCCACCACCCCAAAAUCGUUUCUAACACCCCCAUCUUCUUUCACACCUUUCACUUCAUCAAAUUCAUCUCUCACAAAGAGCCUUAAGAUCAACGCAGUUCCUAAGAAAUCUUUUACUUGCCAAAGUCAAGUAAGCGAGCACGUUAACACCGAAAAUGCUCAAGAAUUGUUUGUGUAUGAACUCAAUGAAAGAGACCGUGGUAGCCCUGCUUAUUUGAGAUUAAGCAACAAAAGUGUUAACACUCUUGGUGAUUUAGUUCCUUUCAGCAACAAAUUGUACACUGGUGACCUACAAAAACGUAUUGGAAUAACAGCUGGAAUAUGCAUAUUGAUUCAACACAAUGAAGAAAAGAAAGGAGAUAGAUAUGAAGCAAUCUACAGUCUUCAUUUUGGAAACUAUGGUUCAUUAGCAGUUCAAGGACCAUACCUUACUUAUGAAGACACAUACCUAACUGUGACUGGUGGUUCUGGAAUAUUUGAAGGUGUUAGUGGACAAGUGAAGUUGCAUCAAAUUGUGUUUCCGUUUAAGAUUCUUUAUACAUUUUAUUUGAAGGGUAUUAAGCCUUUGCCUCAAGAGUUUCUUGGUCAACAUGUUGAGCCUCAUGUUGGAGUUGAAGCUUCUGCUGAUGCUAAGGCUCUUAAGCCUCAUGCUACCAUUGCUGGAUUUAAAAAUUACUAG